AUGACAAAUAAUGUACGUGGAUAUUUACAAUUACAUCCUUUCCAUUUAGUUGGUCCAUCACCUUGACCUAUAUUUACUUCAUUUAGUUUAAUGGAUUUAGCAUUAUCCUUAGGUCUUACAGCCCAUGGAUAUAUCUCUAAUAAUAUUUAUAUAGGUUUAAGUAUUAUAGCUGUAUUAUACAGUAUGACAUUAUGAUUUAAAGAUAUUAUUGCUGAAAGUACUUACUUAGGUGAUCAUACAUUAGCUGUUAAACGUGGUAUUAACCAAGGAUUCCUAUUAUUUGUAGUUAGUGAAAUAUUAAUAUUUAUUUCUUUAUUUUGAGCUUAUUUACAUUCUGCUGUAAAUCCUACUAUGGAUCUUGGUAUGUCUUGACCCCCUGUAGGUAUCGAUGUUAUAUCUCCUGCUGAAUUACCUUUAUUAAAUACUAUUAUAUUAUUAGCAUCUGGUGUAACAGUAACUUAUGCUCAUCAUGCUUUAAUUAAUGGUCAUAGAUCUAAUACUUUAUAUGGUUUUAUAUAUACUACUAUAUUAAUAGCAUUAUUUGUAUUAUUUCAAUUUAUGGAAUAUCGUUAUGCAGGAUUCACUAUAUCAGAUGGAGUAUAUGGUUCUACAUUCUAUAGUUUAACUGGUUUACAUGGUUUACAUAUGAUAAUGUUAACUAUAAUGUUAAUAAUAUGUUCAUGACGUGUAUAUAAUUAUGAUUUUACUAAUACUAGUCAUGUAGGAGCUGAAACUACAAUUUUAUAUUUACAUGUAUUAGAUGUAAUAUGAUUAUUUAUAUAUAUAAUAGUAUAUUGAUGAGGAUCAUAA